CAGGGUGAGGGCAGCGUCUCUCGGGCGCAGUCCGCGAAUCUCAGAGGCUUUCAGAGGAGGAGCGCUGACCGCAGGGCGAGGCCAAAAGCGGACCGAGGGGCGGAGCCGGCCGCGGAUGGGCUGGGAGAGCGUCCUCCGCACCCCCGCGGGUCGCCGGGCCACAGAGCUGCAGGAGUCUUUCUUCUCAUUGCUUCCUUUCCUUCCCUUGGCUUCGUCUCCUUUGAAGUUUACACAAUCUCUAGGAAGGACACACCAGGAAGGAUCCUACAGAAAAGAUCCCAUAGAGAGGAGCCCAUGGGAAUGACAGCAAAGACAAUGGCUGCUAGGUCUUGCUCCUGGGAGUGCAGACUGGGGGACAAGACUUGAGACAAAAGAAUCAACUCCAAAUCCCAACAUUCCUGAAUAUUUAUCCUAUUGGACCACAAUGGAAAGGGAACAAGUCUGGAAUUCAACCUGGGAAGCUGACAGAUGGUUAGAGAGGGAGCAGGACAGACAUGUGGGCCAAGUAGCAGUUACCCAUAAGGAAACCUAUACUGAGAAGAGCAUGUUCAGAGAUAAUGAAUUUGAAAGAGGUUCUGAUCAGGGCUCAAUCCUUGAUAUUCCCCAAAGCAUUCCUAUGUCAAAAAGGCCCCCAAAUUGGAAUUUACAUGGAAAAGAUGUGAAACAAAAUUCUGAGUUAAAACUCAUGAAAACGCAGAGAAUGUUUGUAGGAAAGAAAAUCUAUGAAUGUAAUGAGUGCAGGAAAACCUUCAGCCAGAGCUCAUCCCUUCUUAAGCACCAGAGGAUUCAUACAGGGGAGAAACCCUAUAUGUGUAACGUUUGUGGCAAGCACUUCAUCGAACGCUCCUCCCUCACUGUACAUCAAAGAAUCCAUACUGGAGAGAAACCCUACAAGUGUGAUGAAUGUGGGAAAUCCUUCAGUCAGAGCAUGAACCUUACUGUUCAUCAAAGAACUCAUACUGGAGAGAAGCCCUAUCAGUGCAAAGAGUGUGGAAAAGCUUUCCGCAAAAAUUCAUCCCUUAUUCAGCAUGAAAGGAUUCAUACGGGAGAGAAACCAUACAAAUGCAAUGAAUGUGGGAAAGCUUUUACACAAAGCAUGAACUUAACUGUUCACCAGAGAACACAUACAGGAGAAAAACCCUAUGAAUGUAAUGAAUGUGGAAAAGCCUUCAGCCAGAGUAUGCAUCUUACUGUACAUCAGAGGAGCCAUACUGGAGAAAAACCUUAUGAGUGCAGUGAAUGUGGAAAAGCAUUUAGUAAGAGCUCAACUUUAACUCUACAUCAGCGGAAUCACACUGGAGAAAAGCCCUACAAGUGUAACAAGUGUGGAAAAUCAUUUAGCCAAAGUACAUACCUUAUCGAACAUCAGAGACUUCACUCUGGAGUGAAACCUUUUGAAUGUAAUCAGUGUGGAAAAGCUUUCAGUAAGAAUUCCUCUCUUACUCAACAUCGAAGAAUUCAUACUGGGGAGAAACCUUAUGAGUGUAUGGUCUGUGGGAAACAUUUCACUGGAAGAUCAUCCCUUACUGUCCAUCAGGUUAUUCACACUGGAGAAAAACCUUAUGAAUGCACUGAAUGUGGAAAGGCCUUCAGCCAGAGCGCAUACCUUAUUGAGCAUCAAAGAAUUCACACUGGAGAAAAGCCCUACGAAUGUAAUAGGUGUGGGAAAGCCUUCAUUAAGAACUCGUCCCUCAUUGUACACCAGAGGACUCAUACAGGAGAGAAACCCUAUCAGUGUAAUGAAUGUGGAAAAGCCUUCAGUCGGAGCACAAACCUUACAAGGCAUCAAAGGACUCAUAUGUGAGGAAAGUUUCCAUUGGCCUCCUGAUGCUAAUUAACUCUUCAUUAAUAAUCAGUAAAGUCAUAUUGGUGUAAACUCCUAAGAAGUGUAACAAAGAUGGGAAUCUUUUGAUUGAAAUGCAAUAUGUCAUGUAAGAUAGUACAAACCACAGCAUAGGAACCAUUAUAAAAAUGGAGAUCACCUUUAUUCAGAAGGUAAAACCUAUUUUAUAUCAGAAGGUUUGAAUAGCUAAUAUAUAAAUGAUGAAGAUUUAUGAUGGAGAUAAGUUCUAUUGUGUCACACUGCAGAUUCUCCUUUGGACAUCACAGAGUUCACACAGGAGAGAAAAUAUGACAGUACUUGGUUGGACAGACACACCUGGUAUGUAGUUCUGAUCUGCAACUAACCUGCACAAGUUACCACUUUUUACCAGGUUACACUUUCCUUAUCUAGUAAAUGAGAUAUUGUAGAUUUAGCAUGCCUUCAAAAAUUUCUGUUAGCUAAAAUGUU